AUGAUCUUCACCACUGUUCUCCUCCUGGCCGUUUUGGCCAAUGCUGCCAUCCCCAACGACUGUGCCGGCCGUGACAGAAAUGCGUGCUCUGCAAAUGGGAAUGCGGGCAUAAAGUGCAAGAUUCCUCGGCCUGGAUCCGGAAAUGAGAAGCAGAACGACUUGGCAUGUCAAUCUGCCUGUGCGCCCUCAAACGUCACACUGCUGUCCCAGUGCAGCCAAUGCAGCAUCGACCUGCAGUACGGCGCGUUCCUCGACGCAGCCGACAGCAGCAUGUUCGCCAACGAGGACGCCAAGCUCGUCGACCUGGACAUUGCCUGCGCCUCAGCUGGUUACGCGUGGGCCGCCACGCCGACACUCACAGAACCUGCACCGAAGACGCCGUUGCCCCCCUCGGCCAGCGGUCGACAGCGUUCGUGCAAGUGGCUGUGCCGCGACUACGAGAAGCAGUUGUAUGCCGCGAGCCGGAAGUACAUCUGCUUCGAGUCCGAGUAUACAACGACCAACUGCAGCGCCAUUGAGCGUGUCUGCAACCAAGACACGAUUGACGCGCUCGGCGCGUGCUUCCAGUGCCGCUUCACCUCGGCCAACUCGGGCGACUUUGGCGGUUCGGCCGGUAAGCGCAAAGAAGGCGAGGAGUCGGUCCUCCGCCUCAGCGAGGUGGUGUCGGCGUGCUCGAUCAUCGGCACCCCUGUGACCCAGCCGCUCGUAUACACCCAGUUCCCCGUCCCCACCAACGAGCCCAGCAAGGCGCUGCAGCUGUCCAUGACGACGACGUUCACCCCGGUCUCGAGGACACCGACCCAGGUCACCGGCGCCCAGGCAACACGGACGGCUGCUCCCGGUGGCGCGACGAGCGGUGCAGGAAGGAACGGUGUGGCUGCGUUCGCUGUCUUUGUGGCGGCCUUGGCGGCCUAUGUCCUCUGA